AUGCAUAUGGAUUAGCAAUGGUCAUACCUGAUAAAUAAUAAAAUUUCAGACCUUAAAUCAUCAAUAGUCUAACAAACCUGCUUGAAAAUAUGCAAAAUUAGAUAGAAAUAUCAGCAGGAAAGGGGUUAAAAAUUGUUAGUUUACGCCCUAUCAAAAAUAUCUAUCUCAAGAAGGAUUUUUCAUAAGAUAUAAAUGCAAAUUUAACAUCAAAUAGUUUUUCAGAAUUGUUUAAUGACAAACUUUUUUCAAAAAUUUAAGAGAUCAAACAAUUAGUAUAAUUCAAAUAAUAUUUAGUAAUUAAAACAAUAGUUGCAGAAUAUAUUAAUACUAGAUUUAUAACUCAAUGAUUAAAUCAAAAAGGUUAAUGAUUGUUUUCAGGCAGCUUGCUAAAUAAAUAUUCAAGAAUCAAGUUUUUUUAUAAUUUUAUUUAGAUAAAAAAAUGUUGUUUAUUAAUUUAACAGGCAUUGAAAAUUGUGAUUAUAGUUACUAAGCACAAUUUUAAAGUUAGCUUAACUAUUUAUAUAUCAAUUUCUAAGUGUUUGAAAAAGAAAAAAACUAUAGCGAAUAGAUAUUUAGCUAAAUAUAUAAUAAGAAUUUCAUCAAUAUAUAUUUGAACUUGAAAGAAGAUCUAGUGAUAUCAUGGGAAUAAUUUAAGCUGAUUUAUAAACUAUAAAUAAAGAAACUAAUCAAGAAGUCUAAUUUCAACUUCUGUAUAUUAUCAAUCGCAAAAUCACUCAAUAAAGAUGUUUAUUUUUAAUUAAUAUAUAGUCUUAAGAAAGAUAUAUACGAUUUGAAGAUGAAUGCAUAAGACGAAUGAUUGAGAAAUUCUGUACAUUAUCUUCAGAUAAUUUAUUUAUCCAUUUGUAGAUUCUAAACUCAACAUUUGAAAAUUAAAUUGAAAUGACUUAAUUUAAUUAUAAUUAAGAUUAAGACUUUUUUAGAUUUUUAAAUUGUAUCUAGUAAGGAGUUAUAGGUAAUUAGAUUAAAUCAAAAAAAAAUUUUGAGUUAGAUGCUUAUAAAAAUUAGGAUCGAAAUGUAUUUAUAAAAUGGUUAGAGGAAUUUGUCAAAAUCUAAUAUUAAAUGAAAAUGGAUCCAUUGUUCUUAAAUAUGUAUCAAAGAGAAUUAAGAAAUAUUCGAUCUAUGAAUUUGUCCACACAGCCUGAUUAAUUUUUAAAAUAAUCACCUUUGAUGAUUUUAAGCUAUAAUACUUUUUUCUAUUUGUAUUAUAAUUAGGAACAAUUAUAAUUUCUGUUUAAUUCAAUUUUACAUAUUGAUUAUACUUGCAAAUUGGUGGUUUUAUUAUAAUAAGAUGAAUAGAAAAAAAAUUAGUAUUAUUUAUAUUGGAGUGAUAUUAAGGAUUGUUAAAAUAAUAUUGAAUGGUAUUUAAUUAUUAAAAUAAAGUAAUCAGCUAGAGAAUAGUUUUAAAUCGAUAUUUUGAUGAUGUUUUAUUAAUUGAUUCUCAUAAGAAGGCCAGUUUAUCAGUGAAAAUGUAGAAAAUCAGUAACAAAGAAAGUGAAAUUGAGAUAAGAAUAAUUUAUAUCCAUUCUUUAAAUAGUAAUAUAAUUUUGUAGAUUUAAUUAUUUGACGAUCCUUAAAUUAAUAUGCUAAAGAGAUCCAAUAAUAUUAUUAACCAAUAGAAUUCAAAAUUUCAAAGCUAAUCAAUUAUUUAAUAAGAUUAAAAUAAAAUAUCAGAAUAAGUAAAAAAUAGAAUAGUUCCAUGUGUUAUUUAGAAUUCGCCUAUUUCAGAUACAGAUUUUAUGAUAGUUGGUGGAGAGUUUGAAAAGUAACAUAAAAUAAAUUAAAUUAGUGAUUCAUAAAUUUGCAACAUAAUAGAGAUAGUUAAAGUGAAUUAGACUGAAUUCCAUUCAUAUACAUUAUAAAAAGAGAUUUUAUUUGCCAAGGGAACAUUCAUUCCAUGGCCUUAUAUGAUAGUUUUAACUUCUAAUAAAGAAAUAUUUUAAUAUAUCUUUUUACCUGGAGAUUAUGGCAAUAAAUAGAAUUGUUAUAAUUAGCCUAUAGUAAAUGUAUAUUAACAUUAUGCUUAUAAAUUGACUAUUUAAAUAGAUAAUCUGCGAUUCUAAUGGUAGAAGUUAGAUAUCAGAUAUGAUAUAGACUAGAGUGAUGGUUUAUAUAUUGUUAGAACUAAGCCCAUUCUUAUAUAGUAUUUUUCAGGACCUUAAUGCAAUAUCUUAUAAGAAGAGGAUCCAAUAUAUGGAUCAAAAUGGAUUAUAGCAAAAACUAUAAAUAAGCCGAUGCUAUUUGGAUAAAAAGGAAAGAGGGAAUUUUAAAUAUUUAUGGAAGAUUUAGAUUCUACAACUUUCCGUGGGGAUAUUGAAUAGCUGAUAAUAACUGCUGAGAUAAUUGUGAAAGAAAAUUAACUGAUUGUAAAAGAGAAAUUUUACAAGACAUAAAAUUAAUAUAUUCAAAAAAGACAAUUUGUUGAAUUCAAAAAUAAUAAUAAUGCUUAGAAUUCUAAUUGA